AUGUCGUUCAACACAUUCGAGACGUUAUGCUCAUUUCCCCUGAAGGCAGAUCUAUUUGCCCAGGCGAUUCACCCGCAAGAACCAAUUGUUUCGGUGGGUUUGAGCUCCGGCCAUGUUGAGACAUUUCGACUGCCUAGUGAGGAGAGCAAUGACGAUGGCGAAGAAGAAGACAAUGAUGAAGGGGAGGGGUCGUCGCGCCUGUCAUCUACCAAUGGAAUGGGUCAUAUAGACACCAUCUGGUCAACGCGCAGGCACAAGGGCAGCUGCAGGUGUUUAGGAUUUGGCAUUGGAGGCGAGACUCUCUAUUCUGCCGGCACGGAUGGCAUUGUGAAGGCUGCAAAGGUCGAGAGUGGCGUGGUCGAGAAUAAGAUUGCGAUUCCAUUUGCGAAAUCGAAAAAAUCGCCGACUAAUGAAGUCGACUCUCCUUCCACUAUUCACGCGCUUUCUCCUCAAACCCUCCUGCUGGCCACCGACUCGGGUGCCCUCCAUGUUUACGAUUUGCGUAUCCCUUACUCUCCAAAAUCCGCACGUCCCGAGCAGACAUACCGACCUCAUGAUGACUACAUUUCUUCCCUCACACCGCUACCGGCAUCAGACACCAGCACUUCGGGAUUUAGUAAACAAUGGAUUACGACGGGAGGCACGACGUUAGCCGCUACAGAUCUACGAAAGGGCAUCAUCCGCCGCAGUGAAGAUCAGGAGGAAGAGCUGAUUUCCUCUGUUUACAUCGGAGGCCUGCCCUCAAGUGGAACCAGUGUCGGGGAAAAAGUCAUUGUCGGAGGUGCCUCGGGUGUCUUGACACUAUGGGAAAAGGGCGUCUGGGACGAUCAAGAUGAACGAAUCUAUGUUGCACGAGAAGGUGGAGAGCAUGAAGCCCUAGAGUCACUGGCAGUUGUUCCAGAUGAUGUUGGGUACGGAAAAAUGGUUGCUGUUGGUCAGGCAGAUGGCCAGGUUUCUUUAGUUUCGAUCGGUCGCAACAAAGUCAUGUCCCGAUUGCGGCAUGACGAGCUUGAGGGUGUCACUGCCGUUGGCUUCGAUGUCGAAGGACGAAUGGUUAGUGGCGGUGGUCAGAUCGUCAAAGUCUGGGGUCCGAGCAUAUAUAAUGAAGGCCAUACUUUGGCGGGUUCUGUGAGACAUUUUGAUGGCUCAAGCGAUAGUGAUGAAGAUUACGAUAGCGACGAUUCUGACAGGGGACGAGAUAGCAACAAAUCACGCAAGAAAAGAAAGCGUGACAAGGGGAAGAGCCGCGACAGCGGACGGGAAGUUAUGGCCUUUGCAGAUCUAGACUGA